GUUCUCCCAAUUAACCCUUGGCACAUCAUUAAUAAUCCCCAUCUCUUCACAACUGUCUUCUCUCUUUUAUAAGUUCUUGGUUGUAGAGCCUCUUAAAACAACUUUCCAUUUUUAUCGUUCCCCAUAUAAACUCCUCCAACUGUCGCCGUCAGAUCUCUAUCUCUUACCCAAUCCUAACCGUGCACUUCUCUGCUCCUUACUCUCACUCCAACUUUCUCUCUCUAGCCCCCCAUUCGUGGAUCUCGUCACUCCUAAAUUCUCUAAUUGUUUACAUCUCUUUUUUAUCUCUAAUAAGGAAUCCUUCCUAAAGAAAUCUUUUCAACCUGGUUUUUCCUAAUCGGAUUAUAUCCAUCUUUGAACCUUCUUGAUUUGAAGUCGGUUUUUGUUUCUUUCUUGAUUUCAACUCGAGGUUUUGUUUUCUCAUACGAAUCUUUCCUAAAUCCUUCUUUUCAGUUCCAGUUUUCGUAAUCUAGUCACGAAUCUCAAAAAACUUUCUUGAUUUGAAGUUGGAUUUUUGUAUCUUUCUGGGUUUUGGUUUGUUUCCCUCAUUAAUUCUUCUCCAAGAAUCCCUCCGACUCACUGUUUUCAACUUGGUUUUCUGGGAAUCCAAUCAUAAGCUUGUAAUUUUUUUGAUUCCAACUAGGGUACUUCUUGAAUUUGAUUAUGGAGGAUCGGAACUACAUCAGCCAGUCGUCCCAGCGAGUUCACGGCAUGUCUGACAUCGUUUUCGAGUGCGUGUUAUCGUACAUACACGACACACGUGACCGGCAGUCCAUAUCUUUGGUCUGCCGGAGGUUAUGGCAACUCGAAGCUCAUACACGAAAACACGUAACAAUAGCGCUGUGUUACACGGCAACUCCUAAACAGCUCUCACGGAGGUUCCCGUUUCUAGAGUCCUUGACAAUAAAAGGGAAGCCACGCGCCGCCAUGUAUAACUUGAUUCCGGAGGACUGGGGUGGGUUUGCAACGCCGUGGGUGGAGGAGAUUGCGAAAUCUUUCAGUUGCAUAAAAGCUGUGCACUUCAGAAGGAUGAUUGUAAAGGAUGAAGAUCUUGAACUCUUAGCCCGCGAGCGUGGGUCUGUUCUUCAGGUUCUUAAGCUUGAUAAAUGUUCUGGAUUUUCUACUGAUGGGCUUCGCCAUAUUUGUCGCUCUUGCAGGAACCUUAGAGUCCUGUUUUUAGAAGAGAGCCAAAUAUUAGAAAAGGAUGGAGAGUGGCUACAUGAGCUUGCUAUGAGCAACACAGGGGUACUCGAAACAUUAAACUUUUACAUGACAGAUCUUAGCCAAGUUAGUGUUAAAGAUCUGGAGCUAAUAGCCAAGAAAUGUUUGUAUCUACUAUCUGUGAAGAUAGGCGACUGUGAAAUCUUGGAGCUUGUUGGAUUCUUCAACCAUGCUAAUUCACUUGAAGAAUUUGGCGGGGGUUGUUUCAAUGAGCAAGCCGAACUGUAUAAUCAUGUGAUGUACCCCCGAAGAGUAACCCACUUAGGUGUGAAUUACAUGAGUACAAGUGAAACUAUCCUUGUGUUACCUUUUGCUUUUCGCCUCAAAAAACUGGAUCUCCUCUAUGCCCUUCUUGACACCGAAGACCACUGUCGCUUGCUCCAACGGUGCACCAGUUUGGAAAUACUUGAGACAAGAAACGUGAUUGGAGACCGAGGAAUGGAAGUACUUGCGCAAUACUGCAAGAAGCUAAAACGGCUUCGAGUGGAGCGAGGAGCAGAUGAACAAGAAAUGGAAGAUGAAGAAGGUGUCGUUUCUCAAAGGGGAUUGACGGCAGUAGCACAAGGGUGUCUAGACUUGGAAUAUAUUGCAGUAUACGUAUCCGAUAUCACAAACGCAGCUCUAGAAACCAUGGGCAUGAACUUGAAAAAACUCAGAGAUUUCCGUAUGGUGUUACUGGAACGAGAAGAAGUCAUCACAGAUUUACCACUCGAUAAUGGAGUCCGAUCUUUACUCAGUGGGUGCCAACAACUAAGAAGAUUUGCACUGUAUCUCCGGCCAGGAGGGCUAACGGACGUGGGUUUGGCUUAUAUUGGUCAAAACAGCCAAAAUAUAAGAUGGAUGUUGCUAGGGUAUCUGGGGGAAUCUGAUACUGGGAUUUUAGGGUUCUCGAGAGGAUGCCCUAGCCUGCAAAAGCUUGAAGUGAGAGGAUGUUGUUUUAGUGAACGUGCACUUGCGAUGGCUGUUUUACAGUUGAGGUCUUUAAGAUACUUAUGGGUACAAGGGUAUCGGGGAUCUCCGACUGGAUGUGAUCUGUUGGCAAUGGCGCGACCUUUUUGGAAUAUUGAAAUAAUUCCUCCAAGAAAGGUUAUUGGUGGAGAUGGUAAAGAGAAAGAACAUCAUGCACAUAUACUUGCUUAUUACUCGCUUGCUGGACCUAGAACAGAUUUUCCGCCUUCUGUCAUCCCACUUGACUCCAUUGCUAGAUGAAUAAACACAUGUACAUAGGGUUCAGAAUUUCAGUGAGGUAAAGUGUUUUUCUUGAACACACGUCAUAAAUGGUCAUCCACAGGGUGAUAUAAUCGGUUCUACUUUGUUUAGUUUUUUUUUUCCUUUUGUUUCUUGUAUCAUGCAGUUUUCUGUAUCGUUACUGUUCAUAAUGGUUUCCUUUGGGUUGUCGUUACUUUUGGAAUGGUAGGCAUGUGAUAGUUUUGUUAUCUUAGAAAGAUGUACAAUCGAUGAGCUAGUGUCGGGAUUAAUAUUGAGUUUUGAAGGACACAAGAUAUGUUUUGUUGA